AGAAGAACUGGGGCACAGGGAAUCACCUGCGCGACGCGUGACUACCCGAACAAGUAAUUCAUCCCGGUGGAGUCCACAUUCAUCGGCUAUAAAUGGAAAACAACCCCACCGGAUUAUCACCGUCAAUAUAAUGCGGCAAAAUCCUUUGAAGUCUUCUAAUUGCACACAGAGACAAACCGAUAAACAAACGAGAAGAGAAAAGAAUCGGGGAAAACGAAUAGUGAACAAGAUACUAGAGGAUCACACCGAAAGGCCGCCACUCAUUACAUAAAGAAUGUCUUCCGAAGCGACGUCAGCUAAAGAUAUCAAUAUCGUGGCCGAAUACCUCGGUGAUCAACAGAUCCAAGACCUAUCAUCAUCUCCCUCGGUGGACUGUAUUGUCAUCUGCGCGUCGGCAAUUCUGUAUCAAGCCGAACACCUGUUUCAGGUACUACAACAGCGACCGUCCUUAAGCAAAUGUUUGGUUCUAUGUGGUGGUGUGGGCCACUCCACCCAUUUCAUGUAUGACGCUGUUGCGCAACACCCUCGCUUCUCACGGAUCGCACAAGACAUCCACGGCUUACCCGAAGCUCGUAUCUUGGAGAGGAUCCUGGACACUUUCUUUGACCGAUCCGCCAUCACAGAGGGAGGUUGUAUGAUCUUAGUCGAAGAUCAAUCCACCAACUGUGGCCUAAACGCCUCGCUGAGUCGGAAAGUGCUCGAUGCAGCAGAUUUCCAAGACCUCAAGACAUGUAUUAUCAUUCAAGAUCCUACGAUGAUGCUGCGAACAAAAGCCUCACUCCAAAAGGCGUACGAGGACAAGCUGGCGCCUCCCUCUUUCAUGAGCUGCCCAAUAAUCGUCCCGCAUAUGCAGAGAUCAGAAGCUUUGGAGUUGACAUACCAGGAUCUACCGCUGGGAAACGCAUGGUGGUCACUGGAUCGAUUUUUAGAGUUGAUAAUGGGGGAAAUUCCCAGACUGAGGGAUGAUGAACGUGGGUAUGGGCCAAGAGGAAAGGGGUUUAUUCCUCAUGUGGAAGUCCCAGAGCAUGUUGAAGAAGCAUGGUCACGACUACGGGUGGUUUCGAAUACCCAUCGGUGAAUCUUUCGCUGUCGCAUUACUGUGUAGAAGUAGAGAUUUCAUCCUGUCGAAAAGAUAGUGCACGUGAUAAAUCGAGAUCAAAACCAACCAAACAACUUGAAAUCUUGUCCCAUAACCUUCAACCACAAGAGGCGAAGAGUCUUGAAUACACGAACAUCAAUCAAUCCACCAUGCUGCAAGUGAUGUCAGAUGGCACGGCCCAGCGACCGAUUGGCGGGGUGGAGGGAGCGAUCGUCGCCUUUCUUUUCCCAGCUGGUUGGAUCUCUUGAAGCCGGCCUUGAAGCCGGCCACUUC